AUGUCGCCCUACCAGCAUCUGUUUUCGACAAACGCCGUCCUCAAUGUCUGGCGCAACCUGCGCACCCGCGACCAGAACGAUCUGCUUCUCUCGUUUCACGUCCAGCCCGACGACGUGCGCGCUGCGCGGGACCCGCGGUAUGGGAAGGGGGGAGUGGUGGAGACGACGAGCGAUGAGUCGGGCAGGAAGAACACGGUUGUGGACGGGCGAGGCGCGAUAGAUGGGCGGAGCAUCGGCUUUGUGGUGCCAUGGCGGAGCAUGCAGGCGCAGAAGAAGGAGCUGCGGGAGAAGGAGAAGGAGCUGGCCGAUGCCUUGGUUGUGCUGGCGGGAGAGGUUUCCUUUGCGGACCUCCCGCCCGCCCUCCAGUCCUCCCUCACCCAGAACCCCCUCAUUCAAGUCCGCCACCUCGCCGCCGGCCUCUCCCGCCAAAUGUCGCGCGUCGAAGUCCAAAUGGCCGACAACGAGCCCUUCGCGACGGGAAAAAACCUCUACAGCGGCGGCGAGCUCAUCCGCAAAUACCUCCCCGACAUCGAGACCCUCUUCCAGCAGCGCCCCACCCCGCAGCGCAUGAUCUUCGAGCUGCUCCUCGAGCUCAAGGAUCUCGUCUAUGCCGGCAUGCAAGCCUGCGAGCGCGAAGUCAUAGAGUGGGACCUCACCAACUUCAGUUCCUUCGAAGACCUGGACGAAGCCCUCGUCCGCGCCAUCACGCCCCUUCCCUCGGACGAGACGGCGCGUGCAGGCUCCUCGGCCGGGCCUCGCAAACUGCUCCGCCGCAAGGCCUCGAGCAUGAGCAUCCUAUCGCGCCCCUGGCUCCACGACGAGGCAGAGAUCCUGUUCCACCUCGAGUCCCUCGACACCACGGCGGCGGCCAUGUCGCACCUCGCCGUACCCAUCACCGACUUCGCCGCCAAAGCCGCCAUCACCCUGCGCCGCACGCUGCCUCGCCAGGUCCUCAACGAUCACAGCCUUGUGAAACGGAAGAGGACGGGGCGCUGCGCCGAGUACGCGCGCUGCAUGAAGUGGGCGGGCACCAGCUGGCGGCAGGGCGGGGGGUGUCGCCGGGGGUGUAAGAACGAAGACGAAGAUCCCGAGAGCUUACCCAGCUGGCACAGUAGCAGUCGGUGGUUUGAUGAGCGGGGCACGUAUAUGGUUGGUGGGGGGAGGGGCAGUGUGGAGGGGAGGGCGGCCGUGCCGACGGUGAGGGAGAUGUGA